AUGGUGCGCAAACUCAAGCAUCACGAGCAGCGCUUAUUGCGUAAAGUCGACUUCGUCAACUACCCACAAGAUGCGACACAUCGCUCUGCCGCCAUCAUACGCCGCUAUUCGCUCUCGAACCCGACAGAUUACACUUCCUACAACCGUCUAGCAGGCAAUCUUCGCCAUUUGGCCCAUCGCAUUGCACUCCUACCGCCAGAAUCAGCUUUCCGACGCAAGCAGGAAGACUUGCUACUAGAGAAGCUUCACGAUAUGGGCUUGCUUGGGAUCGGUGGAGAGGGCAAGGGCAAAUUGAGUGAUGUGGAACGGAAAGUCACAGUCUCAGCUUUCUGCAGAAGACGGUUGGGUGUUGUAAUGACCAGGCUGAGGAUGGCGGAGACAGUCAGUACGGCGAACAAGUUCAUUGAGCAGGGGCAUGUAAGGGUGGGCACUGAAGUGGUGACGGACUCUGCGUUUCUGGUGAACCGGAACAUGGAAGACUUUGUCACGUGGGUCGACUCCUCCAAGAUCAAGCGCAACAUCAUGAAGUACCGCGACAAGCUGGAUGAUUUCGACUUGCUCUGA